AUGCCCGCACCCCCCUCGGGAGCGGGCAUGGUCCCGCCGGGCUACUUUGCGCCCGCGUUUCCCUUCAUGCCCAUGACACCCUUCCAGACCAUGGCGCCAGCGGACAACAAAGGAGAGGGCAUGAAGGCGUUGGAGUGCUUGAUGACCCUCCUCGUGGACGAAAUGCGGGACAUGAAGCGAGGGUUGGCCAGCCUGCACCAAGAGUUCACAGAUCUUCGGUUCGUCUUCCUCUGCCUACGCGUUUCCUCCUUUCCCCGCUCUGUCUGGCGUGCGCGCCGAAGCCCGAGCACCAUCACGCGCGUUCCGUUGCAUUGCGUUGCCGUCAUGCUGAGACCCACCCAUUGCCGCCUCACCCAGGACAAGUACUCGGACCUGCUCGUCCAGCUCCCCAAGCCCGCCAUUGCCUUCAAGAUUCUAGAGCAGCGCGGCGUCGUGCCGCCGGUGUUCAUCUGGGCCAACGAACCGUUCCUGCAAAUGGUCGACUUCACCUUGGCGGAGCUGGUCGAGCUUCCGCUGCUCAAGUUGUCGAUGAUCGACUUCAAGGUCACGCGCCAGCUGCGUUCCCUGGUGCGCGAGCCGGGACCCUCGCUCGUCAGCGAAGCGGCGCCCAUCUCGCCGCUGCUCGUGAGGAGAGAUGGGAGCAUGGUCCGCAUCGUCACGCGCCUUCAAGUCUACUUCGGACCCAACAAGCGACCGAAAUGGGCCAUCAUUGUGGUGGAUAAUGUUGAACAGGACACGAGGCACAAGCAGCCGGCAACUCUCAAACGAGCAACGAGCAAGGUGAGGCGGGUGGAGGCGAACAACUCGCAACUGCGGGGUCAGACGAGCUGGCAAUGGAUGACGGCUUCAGUGAUCUCAUCGCGCAGCUGA